AUGUCCUUUACUCAACAUGCAUCUACCUCUCACCAGUUUUCGCUUCCUUCGUCGAGGAGGAACAGACAAGACCAACCCGUCCGCCUUGCCCAGUUCAAGAACGGUAUCAAGAAACGCAAAAUAGUCUUAGGGAUCUUUAUCCCUCUCGCGAUCUUAUGCCGAGUGACCUUGCUAGCUCUGAGGGAUUUGGAAGGAUGGCCAGGAAAGAAAGGGGGUUGGUACAUGGAUAGUAUGGGGUGGGGAUGGGUGCUCUCUGCAACGGUUUACCUGUUAUACCUCUUCCCCCUCUUCUCCGAGCGACACGCAGAUCCGACCGAUCAUCCGACAUACUAUCGACAUUCGAACUACACCACUGCCCUCUUCUUCCUCCACACCUUCAUCCUGAUCACUUACCCUAUGCCAACACUACUCUUCGUGCUCAAACAUCGGCACCGAUUAUCGUCCAGAUUUGAUUCGGAUGCCAAUCAGACGUGGUUUUUGAAAGCCCUUAGGACUACGGAGCUGGUCGCGCUCCUAGCGGCGUGGAUCGCGGUAGGGACGAUGAGAAGAGGCCCGGAGCUCUAUUAUGAUGCGCAGAGGUUGUCGAUUGGGUACGGGUGGGCUAUGGAGGAUAAGAAGAGUGUUAAGGGGAGGUUUUCGGGUUCGAUUUCGAGCAAAGAUCCGGUUUCGAAAGAACCGGCUCCGAACGUCCUGGAUUACUAUCAAUGCAGCAUCCUCAGUCUGUUAUUCAUCGGGUACAUCUGGUCGGUCGCUUCCAUAGCUGCGAGGAGACCGGAACUACGACCGGAAGAUCUACCACAUAUACCCGAGGCGUUGAGAGCGGAGAAUAAGCAAGGGGAUGGGGCGCGCGGAGGGGCAGGGGCGAAGCGCAAGGUCUGGACGCCUUGGACGCUACUGAGGGAAGUGUGUCGCGGUCAAGGGUGGCUGAUCUUGAGCUCCGCCGUGUUCGAAUGGAUAUACAACGCCUCGACGUUCUUGCCUCGUUAUUGCAUGCACCAAAUUACCCUGUCUUUCGAAAUGCCCGAUCGGCGAGCGGAUAUGACUUAUGCCUAUCUUAUGGCCUUCGGUCUGUUUUUUGGUAGCUUUAUGGGCAGUAAUAUCCGAGAGAAUAUCGUCAAUCACAAGGCGAUUCGGGUCAAUCUGCGCACGAUGUUGUUCCACAAGAUUCUAUCGAUAACAGACGAUCAAUCUCCCGAUGCCACUGGGUCUGGGCGCGCUCAGAUUCUGAACUUGAUAAAUGUGGACGUGGGAGUCGUCGCUUCACUGGCUAAGCGGAUUCUCACGCUGAGUAAUGCCAUCUUGAUGCUUGGCCUGUCCGGCGGGUUUCUCUAUUCGAUGUUCAGCUGGUCAGCCCUAGUGGCCAUUGCGACUAUCCCGCUGAUGAGUCCGUUAAGCGGGUUCGUUGCGAGGCUUACCUACAAAUGCGACAAGGCUCUUGCAAAAGCUAGGGACGCGCGGAUAGGGGCAAUGAGAGAACUGCUCAUCAGCGUCAAGGUGAUCAAACUCAACGCAUGGGAAGAACAUCACCUCCGCCGCAUCUCGAAUUUGAGGGCAAAGGAAGUACGUCUUCAACGGUGGCGAUACACGAUCGGUACGAGCUUCAAUAUCUUGGCGCUCAUGUCCCCACUGGUCGGCAUUUUCGCAAUGUUCGUGUCUUACACCAAAUUGCAAGGUCGAUCUUUGACGCCAGCUUCUGCCUUUGUCGCUACAACCGUUUUCACAUCGAUACCAGAUAUAUUGCAGAGACUGCUGAUGUCGAUGGUCUCGCUACGCCGACUGUGCGAUUUCCUAAAUUCCGAUGAGAUUGCACACGAGAACGUCCAGCUUGGAUCCCGCAUAUCGCUCGACAAUGCGACUGUCACGUGGCAUUCCCGAGGUCCCGUACCAGGCGAAGCAACGAAUCGCGAACCAUUCAAGUUGAUGGAUAUGAAUCUGCAAAUUCCGGAUGAAGCCAAAUUCGUAUUGGUAUGCGGCGCCACAGGUUCGGGAAAAACUUUAUUUCUGCUGAGUCUCUUGGGCGAGGCAAGGUUGCUGAGCGGUUCAAUUACGGCACCGAGAUCUAGAUACGGCACGAUACCGCUGUCGGACGAGAUCUCGCAUGAGGACAUGGGUAACGGUCCCGAUCCAGCAGGGUGGAUCGAAGAAGACACGGUCGCUUAUGCAGCUCAGAUUCCUUACAUAACACAUGGGACACUUCGGGACAUGAUCUUGUUUGGACUUCCUUUCAGAAAAUCUCGCUACGAGACUGUCGUGCAACAAUGUGAAUUGGCGUCGGAUUUCAGCAUGUUUGCCAACGGCGAUCAGGAAGAGAUCGGUGGCAAUGGCGUUACCUUGAGUGGCGGCCAGCGGGCAAGGCUUAGUCUCGCACGCGCUGUAUACAGCCGAGCGGGUACUGUUCUGAUUGACGACGUCUUAUCGUCUUUGGAUGCUACUACGUCGCAGUAUGUUUACGCUCGUUGUCUACGUGGCAACCUGCUGCAAAAACGGCGCGUUGUCACGGUCUCGCAUAACGUCAGCUUGUUGCUACCCGCGGCGGAUCUAGCUAUACAACUUCGAGAAGGAAAGAUUGCCAAUUCUGGAAGACCAAACGAUCUCCGUGAGGUUCUGCUAAAGGAGGAAGAUCAAGCUGUGACCGAGGAGUUCGAAAGGAUGCUCCCUCCUGAUACCGAUGCGGAGAAGCCCAAAUCGAUGGUGGCAACUACGUCAUCUCGGCGCAUCUAUGAAGAAGAGCAUCAAGAAAGGGGCAAUGUUCAGCUGUCCAAUUACCAAUUCGUGAUCGAUAGCGUAGGAGGCAAAGGAUAUUGGGCGGGCCUUCUCUUCUUUGUCGUCGCACAAGAAGCGUUCCGCAUCAUGACGAGAUUCGUGGUACGACGAUGGACCACCGAACCUUUGCGUAACGAUCACUGGAUUCUGAUCUGGUCGGUGGUCGCUCUAAUGCGCGUUCUGACCCAGUCGGUCUGGUGGUUUUGGCUCUAUGGCAACGAGACCGGGGGGUUCAGCCAGCGUGGAGCCGCCAAGAUGCACAACGCGAUGGUGGACGGGAUCUUGAAUGCGCCCCUUCGGUACUUUGAUCGAACCCCAGAGGGCCGCAUUCUCAACCGGUUCAGCAACGAUAUACAGAAGGUAGACGGGCUCCUCCCAGAUUCGUGGGGAAGGACUAUCAAGGAAAGCCUGACUGUCGUUGUCAACAUCACUAUUUUGGGGAUCAGCCUGCCGCCGGUCGCUAUUGCCUGUGCAAUAGCUGCGUACCCCUUCAAUAUGUUGAGAAAAUUCUUCGGCCGAAUGCGAGCAAGCUUAGCCCGUUUGGAUGCCGUAUUGGCUAGUCCCAUAAGCGGUCUAACGUACGAAACCCUAGGUUCCAUCGUGACAAUUCGAGCGUUCGGCUCUUCGCGCUUUCUGUGUCAACUAUUCGCGACUUUCGAAGACAUUUGGGUGGCAUUCGCCAGCGCUAUGCUUACGAUGACCUCCCUGGUCCUCGGCGCUUCUGGACUCUUUGUGCUUCGAUCCGACAUGAAUGCUCCAAUGGCAGGAUUCAUUUUGACCUUCGCUCUGGACUUGUCGUCCCAAAUCUUCUGGCUGCUCGACCGUGUCGUAGACCUGGAGGAACACAUGGUAUCCGUGGAAAGGAUCGCCGAAAUUGCGCAGAUACGGUCUGAAGCGAUAGGGGAGGAAGGCUAUACUGUGCCUGAAGCUUGGCCGCGAACAGGCGAGAUCGUGUGCCAGGACUUGACGGCACGUUACGCGAGCGAUUUGCCACUGGUCUUGCAGGGUGUCUCGUUCACUGCAAAGCCAGGAGAGCGCUUUUGUAUCGUUGGAAGAACCGGCGGAGGAAAGUCCACUAUGGCUCUGUGUCUUCUGCGCGAUCUGAGUGCAUCAUCCGGGAGCAUCAAGAUAGAUGGUAUCGAUAUCGCCAAGGUGCCUCUGCAUGUCCUCCGCUCAAAAAUUUCUUACAUUCCCCAAGAGAGUCUCUUGACGUCAGGCACGUUGCGAGAUGCACUAGAUAUCAGCGGUGAAAAGGAUGACCAUGAACUCUACGCCGCUAUGAGGCAGGUGCAUCUUGACGUUGGUGAAGGAUCUCCCUUUUCUUCACUAGAUACACUAGUAGGUCUAAACUUUAGUCUGGGCGAGAGACAACUCUUGGUCCUAGCCAGAGCUUUGCUCAAGUCCGCCAAGGUCAUCAUCAUGGACGAGGCGACUUCAUCGAUCGACUAUGACACGGACGCCAAGGUGACGAAGGCCAUUGCAGAGAUGAAAGGGGUGACAGUGAUAACCAUAGCCCAUAGGUCAAUAUUGCUGACUCGAUAUCCGCUUGCAGUUAUCAAUUACGAUCGAGCACUCGUGCUGAAAGAAGGGCGCAUCCUCGAGAACGACUCACCCGCUGCGCUGAUCAACAAGGAGGAGUCCGAAUUCAGAAAGCUAUGUAUGGCUGACGGGCCUAUCGAAUUUCAGCAGUUAUUAGCGAUGACAACGUCGGGAGGGUAG